AUGGUGUUCCUGAAAUUCCUCUGGAUGAGUUUCUUCUGCCACCUGUGUCAGGGUUACUUUGAUGGCCCUCUCUACCCGGAGAUGUCCAAUGGGACCCUGCACCACUACUUUGUGCCCGACGGAGACUAUGAGGAGAACGAUGACCCUGAGAAGUGCCAGCUGCUCUUCAGGGUGAGUGACCACCGGCGUUGCUCCCAGGGGGAGAGGAGCCAGGCCAGCAGCCUGCUGAGCCUCACCCUGAGGGAGGAGUUCACUGUGCUGGGCCGCCAGGUAGAGGAUGCUGGGCGCGUCCUUGAGGGCAUCAGUAAAAGCAUCUCUUAUGACCUGGACGGGGAAGAAAGCUAUGGCAAGUACCUGCGGCGGGAGUCCCACCAGAUCGGGGAUGCUUACUCCAACUCGGACAAAUCCCUCACUGAACUUGAAAGCAAGUUCAAGCAGGGCCAGGAGCAGGACAGCCGGCACGAGAAUAGGCUCAAUGAGGACUUCCUGGGGAUGCUGGUCCACACCAGAUCCCUGCUGAAGGAGACGAUGGCCAUCUCUGUGGGGCUCAGGGACAAGUAUGAGCUGCUGGCCCUCACCAUCAGGAGCCAUGGGACCCGGCUAGGUCGGCUGAAAAACGACUAUCUUAAAGUGUAG